CCGCCCCUGCGAGAGGACGUUGCGUGCUCGCUCGCGCCAGGCGAGUCUCCGCGUCUCCCUCGCGAACUCGGUGAAAGGAAUUGGCGCCGUUCGACACCAGGCGGGUCCGCUCUGCAGCACGAACCCACCUCCAGCCGCAGCCGCAGCCGCCGCCCGGGCCGAGGAGCAGCCGCAGCAGCCGCCACCAGUGGCCGAGCGAGCGGAGCCGAGUUUGAGCCAGCGCCUAGCGGUGAAUCGGGGCCCUCACCAUGAGUUCCUCGCCUGUUAAUGUAAAAAAGCUGAAGGUCUCGGAGCUGAAAGAGGAGCUCAAGAAGCGGCGCCUUUCCGACAAGGGCCUCAAGGCCGAGCUCAUGGAGCGACUCCAGGCCGCGCUGGACGACGAGGAGGCCGGGGGCCGCCCCGCCAUGGAGCCCGGGAACGGCAGCCUAGACCUGGGCGGGGAUUCCGCCGGGCGCUCGGGAGCAGGCCUCGAGCAGGAGGCCGCGGCCGGCGGCGACGAGGAGGAGGAGGAGGAGGAAGAGGAGGAGGAAGGGAUCGCCGCCCUGGAUGGCGACCAGAUGGAGCUAGGGGAGGAGAACGGGGCCGCGGGGGCGGCCGACGCGGGCCCGAUGGAGGAGGAGGAGGCCGCCUCGGAGGACGAGAACGGCGACGAUCAGGGCUUCCAGGAAGGGGAGGAUGAGCUCGGCGACGAGGAGGAAGGCGCGGGCGACGAGAACGGGCACGGGGAGCAGCAGCCUCAACCGCCGGCGACGCCGCAGCAACAGCCCCCACAGCAGCGCGGGGCCGCCAAGGAGGCCGCGGGGAAGAGCAGCGGCCCCACCUCGCUAUUCGCGGUGACGGUGGCGCCGCCCGGGGCGAGGCAGGGCCAGCAGCAGGCGGGAGGUAAGAAGAAGGCGGAAGGCGGCGGAGGCGGCGGUCGCCCCGGGGCUCCGGCGGCGGGAGACGGCAAAACAGAGCAGAAAGGCGGAGAUAAAAAAAGAGGGGUGAAAAGACCUCGAGAAGAUCAUGGCCGUGGAUAUUUUGAGUACAUUGAAGAGAACAAGUAUAGCAGAGCCAAAUCUCCUCAGCCACCUGUUGAAGAAGAAGAUGAGCACUUCGAUGACACAGUGGUUUGUCUUGAUACUUAUAAUUGUGAUCUACAUUUUAAAAUAUCAAGAGACCGCCUCAGUGCUUCUUCCCUCACUAUGGAGAGUUUUGCUUUUCUUUGGGCUGGAGGAAGGGCAUCUUACGGUGUGUCAAAAGGCAAAGUCUGUUUUGAGAUGAAGGUUACAGAGAAGAUCCCAGUAAGGCAUUUAUAUACAAAAGAUAUUGACAUACAUGAAGUUCGAAUUGGCUGGUCACUAACCACAAGUGGAAUGUUGCUUGGUGAAGAAGAAUUUUCUUAUGGGUAUUCUCUUAAAGGAAUAAAAACAUGCAACUGUGAGACUGAAGAUUAUGGAGAGAAAUUUGAUGAAAAUGAUGUGAUUACAUGUUUUGCUAACUUUGAAAGUGAUGAAGUAGAACUCUCCUAUGCAAAGAAUGGGCAAGAUCUUGGCGUUGCCUUCAAAAUCAGUAAGGAAAUUCUUGCCGGAAGGCCACUUUUUCCGCAUGUUCUCUGCCACAACUGUGCAGUUGAAUUUAAUUUUGGUCAGAAGGAAAAGCCAUAUUUGCCGAUACCGGAAGAUUAUACUUUUAUCCAGAAUGUCCCCUUGGAGGAUCGAGUUAGAGGACCAAAGGGACCUGAAGAGAAGAAAGAUUGUGAGGUUGUUAUGAUGAUUGGCUUGCCAGGAGCUGGGAAAACCACCUGGGUUACUAAACAUGCAGCAGAAAACCCUGGUAAAUACAAUAUUCUUGGAACAAACACCAUAAUGGAUAAAAUGAUGGUGGCCGGGUUUAAGAAGCAGAUGGCGGAUACAGGAAAACUGAACACGCUGUUGCAGAGAGCUCCCCAGUGUCUUGGAAAGUUUAUUGAGAUUGCUGCCCGUAAGAAGCGGAAUUUCAUUCUGGAUCAGACAAAUGUGUCUGCUGCUGCCCAGAGGAGAAAAAUGUGCCUGUUUGCAGGCUUCCAACGAAAAGCUGUUGUAGUUUGCCCAAAAGAUGAAGACUACAAGCAGAGAACACAGAAGAAAGCAGAAGUCGAGGGAAAAGACCUACCAGAACACGCGGUCCUCAAAAUGAAAGGAAACUUUACGCUGCCCGAGGUGGCUGAGUGCUUUGAUGAAAUAACCUAUGUUGAACUGCAGAAGGAGGAAGCCCAGAAACUUCUGGAGCAGUAUAAGGAAGAAAGCAAAAAGGCUCUUCCGCCAGAAAAGAAACAAAACACUGGCUCGAAGAAGAGCAAUAAAAAUAAGAGUGGCAAGAACCAGUUCAACAGAGGCGGCGGCCACAGAGGCCGUGGCGGCUUCAACAUGCGUGGUGGCAACUUCCGAGGAGGAGCUCCUGGGAACCGCGGUGGCUACAACAGGAGGGGCAACAUGCCGCAGAGAGGCGGCGGUGGCGGCGGCAGUGGCGGAAUUGGCUAUCCGUACCCGCGUGGCCCUGUGUUUCCCAGCCGAGGCGGUUAUUCCAACAGAGGGAACUACAACAGAGGUGGAAUGCCCAACAGAGGGAACUACAACCAGAACUUCAGAGGACGAGGAAACAAUCGUGGCUACAAAAAUCAAUCUCAGGGCUACAACCAGUGGCAGCAGGGUUCUGUCCAUGUGAAUGUGCUGUGUGGAAGAGUUAAAGGGCCCAACUAAAUGUGUUCCAGUGAUUCUAAUAGGUAUUCCAAAUUAAUUGCUGCUUGUACAUUUAACACUUGUUACAUUGGGCUUCCAGGAUCACUUUCAUUAGAACUCCCUUAUGUAAAAGGAUGGGAAAAGGAAAUAACUGUUAACCCAGAUGGGGUAGAUUGUAUAAACGGGGAAAAAGGGUUUUCUCACUUUACCCGUUGCAUACCUGAGACGUGAGCUAGUCAGUGGUGGUAAGCCGUUGGCGGUCCUCUCACCUAGGUUUAAGACUAUGCAAAUGGAGCCGAAUCCUUACAAGGUUCUAACCAUUCAAAUUCCUUCUGUUUUAAUUUUUUGUAAGACAUUCAUUUUAAUACUUCUCACUCGCAGAGCUUAAAUACUUAAUAUUUUAAUGUAGAAAAAUGAGUCUAAGAUACCCAUGGCCUUUGUUUUUCCCAACCUUCUGUAUCUAUGCAAAACGCACAAAUACUCUUUACCAGCUUAUAAACAUUUGGAAACUAGAGCCUUUUGGAGAAGGAGGACAUAGCGCUCCAUGUCAAAGUGGAAACACCAACUAUAGGAAGUAAAUUUAAACUGUAAAGACAGAAGGAAUAAAAAAGCUCGGUGUCUCCAGAGCAGAUAAUUUCUCAUUGCCCAGAAGUCAUUUAAGACUUGCUAAGAAGCUUAGAGGGAAUCUAUUGUUCUUCCACCGCGUACUCCAGAAUAAGGUAUCUUGGUGAAAUGAGAGGUCCCGGCUGCUAGACUGAUUUGAAAUGUAGCUGUCAGGAGUUGCUCACUGAAACUCAGUUCUACUGUGUCAACUAAAAAUCUAAUGGCUGAAAGAGCAGACAGCUCGGUUUCAGACCCAAAAGGUAAAAAUCCUAACAUUUUGUUCAUUUGAGGGGGAAAAAAUUUUUUUUUUAACUAGAACAUUUGUUUCAGAAGCUUUGAAUUCAGAUGGCAAAGCUUAGGGUUCAUUGCAUAUGACUUGUCCUCAUGGUCUAAAGGGAAGAAACAUUUCUGUGGAAACCGAUCCAUUAAGAAACCAGGGUUUGCAGAUUAUUUGAUUUCCUGAGGGGUAGACCAUGUAAGGUGGUUUAACAGAUUUUUAACUUGAUCUAAACUUAAAAAGGGAACAGUAGAAGCCUUUCUGAAUUUCGUACCUGCUUACAAUGUCACUGGUAGUUUUGUCAAGAUAGAAGGACUUGGUGGGCGGGGGGGUGGUGGUGGAAAUCAUCUGUAUUCUAGAAAAUGAAGAGUAAGGCAAAUGUAGUUGAAAACUACUUGCAACACCUGUAGUGUUCGUGUUACAACAGCUUCAAAAUGUAAGACUUUCAAGAUCCUGGUAAUAAGUUUUUGCCCCCCAAAGCUUCCUAUUUUAAGAGAAAAAGAUGGAGCUUAUUGCAUAAAAUCAGCUGUGUAAGAUGCCAGGACUCGGGUGGUGGAGGAUAUUGGUAUAUUGUCCUGAUUGAAUGACCACUGGACCCUAUUUUAAGAUGCUUCCAAAAAAUAUUCCAAAGGACCAUUAAAAAUCAGAAUUCAAGCAGUUGCUUUAAUUUUUCUACUUCAGAUUUUUUGUUUACCCAAGUAAAGUACAUAUAUUAACAUGAAUUUUAAAGGGGUGCCUUGACCCCCAUCACUACAGAUUUUUAUCUAGGAAUAGAAGGAUUCAAACCCUAUUUGAUCCCUAGCUCUUUGCUGAAAAGUGCAUAAACAGGAAUCCUGAAUUUAUUAUAUAGACCUCCUCGCAUUAUAUAAUCGAAGCAAAGGGAAACCAGCGAUGGAGUAGAGGUACGUAGACUAAAAAGAUGCUUGCGAAUCAAAUAAUGGUGUUAGGAAUAGUUAAAAAUUUUUGUUGCCGAACUCAGGUCAUUAUAAAUCACAAGUCCAGAGAAAAGCUUCUAGUUAAUUUUAAAUUCCCUGAGGUCCUUUUAACUGUGAUGGAAAAGCCAAGUAGUCAAGGAAAAGAAGGGAGGGGUUGAGGGAAGGGGGAAAUGCUUAGACGCUAGAAAGAUUUAACGAAGUAUGAUAGAUAAAGCCGGGAGAGGUUUUUCAACUUACUAAUGACCACACUUCUAUUUUAAUCAGCUAUUUAGCUGGUAUCUCCUGCUAUAUCACCUAGUGUGACGUUCUGGAGUUCAUGGGACAAUGAAGGAAGCAGUGCCGCCGGAGGCUCCCGAGUGGGCACGAGAGGUAGGUCGCUCGUCGGUCUGGGCCGUGGAAGGCGCGUUUGGAUGCGGGGGGAGCGUGGACUCUGUCUCUGGGCGAGUGAAGGUUCAGUGAUGUGAUCCAGCAGACAACGCGUGGCUGGUUUCACGCCAGACACCAAGGAGGGUCCUCCAUGAGACGCUGAAGCUCUGCUUGGAGCCUAAGUGACCGGUGAAAGUGGUAGCUAGUAGUAGGAGAACCUAAAUGAGAAGGUGAUUCUCCUUCCCAGAGGUUAGUGAGCAGAAGGGACUGAGAGAAGCUGCUGGAGGAAGGCGUAACUGGAAAGGAAAAGUUGGAGCAGAGGCCGGGGAUGCCCAAGCAGAGGGGAUGGGCACAGAGUUCACACAGUUCGAACUUGGACUUGGGUGGCAGAGGGCAAGUAGAUGGGGCUGGAGACCAGAAGUGGGAGUGUGAAGUCUGUCUGGAGGCCUUGUCCGCGGUAUCCAGUAGCCACAGCGUAGGGACCUGGAGUGCGUUGUGUAGCCCAGUAACCUGUUAGCAUUUCUGUAACCUCUUAAUAGUUGGGGAAGGAAAAUAGGUUAAUACCUGUUUCCUUCCCCAACUAUUACUUAUACUUACUGAUAUUUUCAAAGUUAUCCAAGUAAGUGUGUCACCACUUUGUUUUUAUCCAGGUCUCCUGUUCACGCAGUCAUUCUGCUGGGAAAGUGAACUAACCUUGUUAUUGGUGAAGGCCUUGGAAAUUUUGCCGGCCGAGAGAGGUUUCUCUUACUCAGGGUAAGAUGUAACCCUAGUAUGGGAGAGCUAGGCGGGGAUUUAGUUAAGACUCCACCCGGUCGCUCAGUUCUAUACUCUGCGUGCGUUUGGAAGCGGAAGCGGAGGUCCUAAGUGGCACAAACGUCGUUAAAGAUCGGGGCUGAGGAGUACUCCUCAGGGGUCCCCCUACUCACAUAUGGUGCUGCCUCCUAAAAUGGGAGGGACUGGUCCGUUGGAGUAACGCAGAUUGGAUUCAGCUUUGACUUGUGCCCGUAGAGUGGACAGGUGGUACCGUCUUGGAAACUGCCUUUUCCUUUCUAACAACAGCCUUCCCUAAUUAGUGUCCAAGUCCUACCUGUGGUGGCUGCUAGAGGAUUAGGGUCAGUACAAGCAUCUGCGGGCUCAUGCUUGACAAUGGCAUUUGGUAACCCGCAUAGCCUGCGUGCGCUGCCCCUCGGAAGGACCCCAGGAAAAGUGGGCGCAGGAGGGAAGAUGCUCCUUCCUGUGAACCAGACAGAGCACGCACUCCCCACUUCCCCCUUGAAAAGCCGUGAGAGAACAAGAUAAAAUCUCAGGAUAGCUUCACCUUCUCUGGCGUACCGUGAUAAUCAAGUAACAGGAUCAUUAAUGAUGCCAGAGUCCUUGUCUGCUGGUCUUUUUCAUGAUUUCUUAACCAGGAACACCUCUAGCUUGUGUUUUGUGUUAUAUUUAAAAGAUUCUAUUAAAGUAAUGUUGACAUGAAAACAAAUUGCAUUGCUUUGGAGAGGGAGAGUUUUUUUCCUGAAUGAAUAAAUGCUGUGGACUUGG